AUGGCAAAAAAAAUUGUGGCAGUUUUACGUGGGAGGAGGAGGGCGAUGGAGGCGGUUCAGCGAGGCGGAGGGGCGCUGGCGCUGGCGCUGCUCUUCCUGCUGCUGGCGCCGACGCUCGCCAGCGCCGCCCACGAGGACGCGCCCCACCCACAGCCACACCCCUCCAAGUGCCUGCGCUCGCUAGAUCGGCCGCCGCCGCAGCGCCACGUGUUCUUCAGCGGGGAGCGGCUGCCGCUGCGGCUGGAGACGUCGCGGCGCCUGACGCACCGCCUGGCGGCGCAGCUGCUGCGCAUCUUCCUGGCCGAGGUUCAAUCAUACAAUGGUGAAUCCCGAAGUAUGGGUUCCGCCAGAAAAUAUGGUUGGUUCAUACCAACAACUCUCUUCAAUGCCUCCGCUGGAAUGGGGAGUUGGAGAUUUUUUAAAGAUCCCGUGCAAGCUCAGAAGUUCGAACUAACGGAGGACGAUUUCAAUUACGUGAAGGACAUCGCCAUCAAAUCUGCUCGAAGCGAGUGCGCGGACGGGCAGUGCAACUCGUGGAUUUACGUUCCUCCGUGGUGCAACGCCAGCGAUGGCAGCGUCCUCUCUCCAUGUGCAACUCUUCUGGCAGGCUACCAAGAGGAAACCUCUUUUGCAAAAGAAGACAUUGAGAAGUUGCAUCUCUAUGUACAAAUUGUCUGGUUAGGAGCACAUUUGGCAAACACUACUUACGAUUUGAUGAAGCGCUACCAUGAACGUUCAGUAUCAGGUUCUAUAAAUCACUCGUUGGUUGUCCUCGUUGGAGUACCUGAUGAAUUAAUUGUUUCUCCUAAUGAUGAAUUUAGAGCCAUUGCCAUGCCACAAUGCAAUCCAAGUUGUAACAAAUCUCACGAUGACUGUAUACAAAAAUGUAAUUAUGAGAUGCAACGUUUGGUGAAGUUGGUGUGGCCAGCAUUGCCAGCGAGUGCAAAACCUGCUUAUGAGGCUAUUGAUGAGAUGACACUAGACUAUGCUGAACUUUUAACUCUGUAUAGAGUGUAUCAGAAUGUGGAACAGACAGCUUGUGCUUGGAUGCAGAAAAAUGAGCCAAUCUGGGAGAAGUGGAAGAAAACAGGAAAAAAUAAACUUUCCAUUGGAGGAAUUUUCCCCAUUACAGGAUCAUCUCACAUAUAUCAUGGAAUUGUUCGAGCUGCAGAAAUGGCUCUAGAAGCUGUCAAUAGGAAUGAUUCCCUUCUGCCUGACUAUAAUUUGAGUUUAAAGGUUAACGAUGGAAAAUGUGCUGCUGAUGUAGUCAUGAAGACGUUUAUUGACUAUGUUAUGGAUGACUUGUUCCGGAAUUUGGUGGGCAUCCUUGGUAAAUAGAUUUAAAUACAAUGUUGAUAGAAGGAAUUUAUAUUACACAUGU